AACCCACAGGAAGACGGAAGCAAAUGCCGAACGCUUGCAAACUCAUCGCUUGAAUCACCGAGGAGGGUACAAGGGCAUGAGCCAAGAGCUCGGGACUAUGACUUCUGUGGAUAGCUCAUAAACCCGUCAGUGUAUUACCUCUUUACGUCCACUCAGCGUUACUGUAAAUCUUACAUAAACGUUUGACGCCUUUUCAUCCACACAGACGGGAACAGAAUGGCAUCGAUUUUGCUCACCAGAUCUCGGACUCCUUUACUGAAAACAUCUAGGUCAUUAAAGAACGAAUUCAGAAAAGGAAAGUUAUCAGAAAGCACAUGCUUUAACUGCACUGCACUGCGGUUAGCCACAAACAGUCCUGGUGUUCUUGGAGGCAGUGUCUGGCCUCAUGCAUCAUCUGUCCUGUACCUUGACAAUUCAUCAGCACUUCAGCGCCGCUUGUCCAGGUCACCUCGUCUGUACUGUGCCAUCUUAGUACCUGACCCUGCCCUGCCUAUCAACACCCACUCCACGUACCCCAGGACGCUAGCUUGGCCACAGAACACCCCAGUCCGGUGGGUACAUACUACAGGCCAUCUCCAUGAUGAUUCGAAGGUAGAGCGUUCUUUACGUUCACUGAAGGAUCGGAAUAAAAAGCUUGAGGAGGGUGGUCCGGUGUACAGCCCGACGGUAGAUGCCGAACCUGUGAGACGGACAAUAUGUCAACGUGUGAUUGAUGAGGUGAAGCAUUACUAUCACGGGUUCCGCCUACUAUGGAUGGAUACGACUAUUACGGUGCGGAUGCUCUGGAGGGUGCUGAAUGGACACAUUCUGUCACGCCGAGAGAGGAGACAGUUCCUGAGGACGUGUGCAGAUGUCUUCCGGCUUCUGCCCUUUCUGGUCUUUAUCAUCGUCCCAUUUAUGGAGUUUCUGCUUCCUGUUGCACUGAAACUUUUUCCUAACAUGUUGCCGUCCACCUUUGAGACACAGUCCAAAAAGGAGGAAAGACUAAAGAAGGAGCUGAGAGUGAAGUUAGAGAUGGCCAAGUUCUUGCAGGACACAGUCGAGGAGAUUGCACUAAGAAACAAAGCAGCCAAAGGCAACGUGACCGAGGAGUUCUCCACUUUCUUUCAGAAGAUCCGUGACUCAGGAGAGAGACCCAGUAAUGAGCAGAUCAUACGUUUCUCUAAGCUGUUUGAAGAUGAACUGACCUUAGAUAACCUGACACGGCCGCAGCUGGUGGCUCUGUGCAAGCUGCUGGAGCUGCAGUCCAUCGGCACCAACAAUUUCUUGCGCUUUCAGCUCAUCAUGAAACUCCGAGCCAUCCGUGCAGAUGACAAGCUGAUAGCAGAGGAAGGAGUGGACAGUCUGAAUGUGAAUGAGCUGCAGGCAGCAUGUCGUGUGAGAGGGAUGAGAGCUCUGGGUGUGACGGAGGAGAGACUCAGAGAGCAGCUUAAACAGUGGUUGGAGCUUCACCUCAAUCUGCACAUCCCCACAUCUCUGCUGCUCCUGUCCCGAGCUAUGUUCCUGCCAGACACACUGUCCCCUGCGGACCAGCUUAAAACCACACUACAGAACCUGCCAGAGAUUAUGACUAAAGAGGCACAGGUGAAGGUGGCAGAGCUGGACUUCUCUAAAGUGGAUAACAAAACCAAGCUGGAGGCCACACUACAGGAAGAGGCAGCUAUCCGGCAGGAAAACAGAGAGCGGGACCUGGAGAGACUGGCUGAUGCUGCAGAGAAAGAAAAGGAACAGGCCGCGCGGGAGGCUGAGGUGGUGGAGUUGGAAGCAGAACGACGGGAGGAUGCAGAGCAUGCUCUCUCCAGUGUAGAUGUGGCCAUCCAUUCAGAAACACUACGAGAUACUGCACCAGUGCUGGAGGGUAUUAAGUUCAAGCAGUGGCAGAGGUAUCUGCGCAUUCAGGGGGAGGAGAUCACUAAGGAAGAGAUUGACAUGCUGAGUGACGCCUGCACCAAACUGAAGGGGCAGAAGAAUCUCCUCACCAAAGAGAAAGAGGAGCUGGAGGACCUGAAGGAUGAUGUGCAGGAGUACAGCGAGGACCUGGAGGAGAUCAAGCGAGAGCUGUCCAAAACAGGACAGGAGAAAGUGGUGGAAGAGUCUAAAGCAAGCCAACGUCUGUCGAAGCGGGUCAACCGCAUGAUUAGCAGAAUGGAUAAGAUCGUCACUGAGCUGGAGAAGGACAAGAUGGUGCUGGAUGGACAGAUGGACAGUGGGACCACACCACCAAUCGGAUUGUUCUUUGAGAAACAUAGUGACUUGCCAAGUCUGUUCCUGUCCUACAGGGAGAAUCUGAUAAGCAUCAACGAGCUCAUUGCAGUCAUGAAGCAGAUCCAGAACAUCCCUGAACACAAGCUGCUCAGCAUCGCAGACGCACUCGAUGAAAACAAAGAUGGCAAGAUAGACAUUGAUGACGUCUUAAAGGUGGUAGAGCUGAUCGAUAAGGAGGACAUCGAUAUCUCCACCAACCAGGUCUCAGAGAUCAUGGUGAUGCUGCAGAAGGAGGAGAAGCUGGUGGAGAAAGAGAAAGCCAAGGAGAAGGUCGAGAAGGAGCAGGCAGCUAAAAUCCAAAACUAGACUUUCCGUGUAGGGAAUAGAAAAGAUCCUGAAGCUUUUGAAGAUUUUCAGGUUCAUUAAUACGUGUUAAGAAGCUUCAGAGUGAGACUGAAAACAGUGCUGACCUCCCAUAUGGAUUCACGUGUGUAUAUUUAGAACAAAGAAAGAACAAAGAACAAACUUUGCUUUGUUCAAGGAAGACUGUUGUAUAAUGAAUGAAUUAAGACGUUUAUUUAUUAAUAACAUUACAAAAGGCAUGCACUACGGAGCCCUACACAUGACAUACAGAAAACAAUAGAAAUUAAAACUUCGUUCCCUUGUUUUAUGUAAAUAAUCCCCACAGUUUAACUAAAUUACAAUUUAACUAAGAAGGAACAAAUUAAGUCGUGUGAACGAAUUGUUAAUUCAUGGCAAUCAUAUCGUUUAUUAGUCAUGUGUGAGGCACCGAAAAUUCAGAGAUAAAUUUUGAAAGAAAAUGUGUUCAUUUAUUUUCAAAAAGACCCUCUUAAAGGUGAAGUGUGUCAUUUCUGGCACAAAACGGACUGUUUUGUUGAGCUGGACAUUAUAACAUCAACGCAACCAAUGGCAUGAGUUUGGGGUGGAACUAUCUUUGUGUAACAGAAAUUGCGCACUUCAGCUGUAAUGUAUUAACUUUAUUAUUCUCAUAAUCUUAUAGCGAUGUCAUUUCCUGUGAUCUGAGAACAUCUCCUCUCUUUGCACAUCACAUCACCUGUCAGCAUCAUUCCACUACUCAUUCUG